AUGGGUUCCAUUACGCGUGUGACAUUGGCUGCCAUGACCAUCAUGACGCUCAUUACACAACAAGCGAUGGGUGCUCCUGCUCAACAACAAGGGUGUCAAGGGAUCGAUGUCUUAUAUCCCAAGGAUGGUAGUUCCUUCAGCCGUUCAGAGCAAGAGACGAUCUAUCUUAUUCUCGGAAACAAGCUAGAGGAUGCCAAACUUGACAAAGUAUCCGUGACACGACACGAGGAUGGAAAGACGCUUGUCAAGGACAUGUGGACUGCGAUCGACAAGGAUGAAACAUUGAGCAAUAUUGUGGUUCUACAGCAAGAUCUCCAGCAAUUGAAUACCGUAUUGCCUGAUCAAUUUACCUUCCGGAUUCAUAUUCAACAAGAUGAUAAGCAAUGUGUAUACCAGUCGCCUUCUUUCCAAGUGACAGAAUAG